GUGUAUUCUAUAAAAAAUUGUCCAUGACACAGAGCCCGAAGAGCACUUCGACAAACACCAGAUACUUGAAUCUCAGACAACCCCAACACCACCAACACUGCCGGCGAACGCAAUUCUAUUCAACGAGCCGCCGCCGCCCGCCCUCUACCUGACAACACCAUGGUGAAUGUUUUUCCGGCAGACAACGAAUGCGGUAAUGGUGUUGAUGGCUCGAAUCCCCAUGCGUCUUCUUCACCGACUGUUAGCGAUGAAAAAUCGCCGUCUCCGGCAGUUUCUGGUCAUUGUUCCGGGAAGUCAGCGGCGGAUAUGAGGGAGGAAGACGAUUUCUAUCAGAAGCUCAACAAGAUCAAUGAACCCUCUGGUCUUAGCUUAUUAUUUAAUUUUCGUAACACGAGCAUUGACUUGCAUGAGUUCUACAAAAUUGUGAUUGAUAGAGGCGGGUAUCAUCACGUCAUGAAAGAAGGAAAAUGGGUAGAAGUUGCAUAUUUUGCAACUCGAAAAGAAAAAAGCCGAUUGACACCAACUCAACUUCAGAAUCUAUAUGCAGCAAUUCUUUACCCCUUUGAGCAAACUUAUUUUUACCGCAGUCCAGUAAAACUCAACAAAAAGCCAAAUAUAAUCAUGCCCACCACGCAAGUGUGUACGUUUGAAGAAAAGAAACCCACUAGAGUUGAAGAAAAGAAACCCACUAGGGUAAAAAAAAUAAGGAAAGACCCACGGGCCCCACUUGGGUCAAGAAACUGUUAUCAGAUGUUUCUUAAAAUGGAAUGUGAUAGGCUAAAGAGUAUACAUGGAGGUACCCCAUCUGCAAAGCUCCGAGAUAGUAUUGUUGAAGCAUGGAUGAACCUCUCUAAUGAGGACAAACUGCCAUAUAUCGAGGCAAGUAAGAAGGACAAGGAGCGGUAUACAAAAGAGAUGGAGGCAUAUGAGGAACAAAUGAAGAAAGAAAUGGUGCAUAUCGGACGACACCGCUUCCGCCGCAGCCUCCGUCGGUCAGUCUGCUUCUACUUGCCGGUUUUAGCCGCUUUCCCUUCUCCGAUCGUUGACGUUUUACUCUCCUUCGGGUGGGCUUACAGUCGUCUUCCAUCGCAUUCUCUUUCAAACCGUUUUUUCCACAGAUUAGGUUUCGAUUUUGGUUUUAAGAAACAUCUCAGAUUUCAUUGCACCCACCAAACCUCACCGGCGAUGCCCUCCAAACAACCUGCUCUGUCGCCUUCUUGCAUAACCCACAAAUCAAUGUCGUGGAUCGACAAAUUCAGUCACUAUCUAUGUAUGGCUAGAGGGGCUCGUGGGGCUCCUGUACACCAUCAGACCAUGAACACACAAGGGCGAACAGUUAUGUAUGCUAGGGGUGGUAGGAAAAGGAAGGUACUUGAUGUGGACCUCAAUGACGCUCCACCAAAUGGAGACCAUGAGCAAGUGGAAGGAUCUUCACCACCUGUUUUAAUCGAUGUUGAGGAGCUGGAUGAUGAUGUUAUCAUUUCAUCACCAAGAGCUUUUGAACAAGCUAGAAACGGUUCUCGAAUAAUUGCAAGAACUUCAGUGAUUGAUGUGGAAUCAUGGAAUCAGGAACAUCGGAAAAAAUGCUAUUUCUAUUGA